CCCAGCCCUCCUGUGGACGAAGAUGGGCCUCUCUGCCAGGACUGUGUAACCGGAGGAACCAGGUCUGGACAGUCAGCCAUGGGAGCCAAUACUUCAAGCAAACCUCCCGUUUUUGAUGAAAACGAGGAUGUCAACUUUGACCACUUUGAAAUUCUGCGAGCCAUCGGGAAAGGCAGUUUUGGGAAGGUCUGCAUCGUUCAGAAGAAUGAUACCAAGAAGAUGUAUGCGAUGAAAUACAUGAACAAACAGAAGUGUGUUGAGCGCAACGAAGUGAGAAAUGUCUUCAAGGAACUCCAGAUCAUGCAGGGUCUGGAGCAUCCUUUCCUGGUUAAUUUGUGGUACUCCUUCCAAGAUGAGGAAGACAUGUUCAUGGUAGUGGACCUCCUGCUGGGCGGGGACCUACGUUAUCACCUGCAGCAGAAUGUCCGCUUCCAGGAAGACACCGUGAAGCUCUUCAUCUGUGAGCUGGCCAUGGCCCUGGACUACCUGCAGAGCCAGCGCAUCAUCCACAGGGAUAUGAAGCCUGACAACAUUUUGCUUGAUGAACACGCGCCGGAGAUGUUCAACUCCAGAAGAGAAGCAGGCUACUCCUUCGCCGUGGACUGGUGGUCGCUGGGGGUGACGGCGUACGAGCUUCUGCGAGGCCGGAGACCCUACCACAUUCGCUCCAGUACUUCCAGCAAGGAAAUCGCGCACAUGUUUGAGACGGCUAUUGUGACUUACCCUUCUGCCUGGUCACAGGAAAUGGUGUCACUUCUUAAAAAGCUACUGGAACCCAACCCAGACCAACGGUUCUCUCGCCUCUCUGAUGUUCAGAACUUCCCGUACAUGAACGACGUGAACUGGGACGCGGUUCUGCAGAAAAGGCUCCUUCCAGGUUUCGUCCCCAGUAAAGGCAGGCUGAAUUGCGACCCCACUUUUGAACUCGAAGAAAUGAUUUUGGAGUCCAAACCUCUUCACAAGAAGAAGAAGCGGCUGGCCAAGAAGGAGAAGGAGACGAGGAAGUGUGAGUCCUCGCAGACGUGCCUUCUCCAGGAGCACCUCGAAUCUGUGCAGAAGGAGUUCCUCAUCUUCAACAGAGAGAAAGUAAAAAGGGACUUUAAUGAAAGACAAGCAAAUCUAGCCUCGGAACACACCAAAGACUCCCAAGAAGAGAACAGCCAGAAUAACAGCCUGUGAAGUUGUCGGCAUCUUCUUCUUGGGACAUUUCCUGGCACCUGGGCCGGCAGGCUCCGGCUUCCACAGCAGGAGGUGCAGACUCCCCACCAUGCACCUCACUCACCUUGGAAAUUGUGAGCGCCUGCCUUUGGAAGGAGGCCACAUGAUACACAGAAGACUUCCCUGGGCUCCUGGGAAUUCGUCGCACCACUAAUGAACCGACCUCGAGCAAGUCACUUAACCACGUUCUCUGCUUCGGUUUCUUCUUCUAAAAUGACAGGUUAUACUAGAUGAGCUCUGCUCUGCCUUUUUAUUGCAGCCACUCUAUCCUGAACUGCAUUUAUUUUUAUUGCAAAUGGAUAUUUGGAUGUAGAUUUAUUUUUCCACUCUGCUAGGUGUGCUAGUGGACAAACAGACAAGGGUGGGGGACUGAGGGAGGCCUUUGGGGCGUGACAGAGGGCUGCUCUUCAGAGACAGGGGACUUCAUCAGGAGGUCACAGCCCCCAAGCCCGACCGAAUAGGUCUAAGAAAUGUAGUCAAGAAGGACACGAAUAGGAGCAGAUUAAAGAGACACAGAUUCACCCAGGCCUUCCAGCGACAUACCACACCAGCUUGUCCCAGCUAGCAACAGCCUGCUGUGCACAUCUGCCCCGAUGCCCUGUGCAGUGAUGUGAAGUUGGGAAGUGGAGAUUGGUGACGAUGGGGCAUUUACACAGAAUGCUACAAAGCAGGACUUACCACCCCCACCCCCACCCAGAAGCCAGCUGUUAAAUAUUUGUUAGCACACCACUUGCUUUCUCCUAACAAUCACGUUCCUUGAGAGCUAAUUGUCCUUUUAAGAUGAUCAGAGACCUGCAUGUGGAAUCAGGAAAGACUUGUCACAUUGAAAGCACAUCUGCCUUGUUGUACAUCGAUGUGUCUCACACAGGAGUUGCAGGCCAAGUUAGAGUGCAAGGCGAACUUGGGUGUGAGUACAAUUGACCCUUGAAAAUUCCCUGAAAUUACCCACAACGUCUGGUGGGCAUCUCGUUGUGAUGAAGCCCGGGGCAGUGAGCCACCUGUCUCACCGAUGACACAAGUCACUGUUCUUGGUUCACUUUGACUCUUUUACUUUUAUUUUUGGCUGAUAUCAGAUGGAUCAAGUUGUCGGACAAUGCACACAGGCCUUUGUAGAGCAGAAUUCACACGUGCAAGGGGCUGGAGUCACAGAGCUCAGGGAACAGUGCUGCCUUGGCUCCUUGCCUUGUGCUUGCUUCAAGGAUGGCCAGGCAGAAUCGCCUAUUACUUGAAGUAUGAUCGAUGUCUCACCGUUUUUCUUUAUAUUUUAUUUAUUUGGGAAACACCAAGUUUAAUUCACCUAAGGGUGAGAUGUAACACAUCUCCACUAUCCUGAGGAUCUUUGCAGGCAGAGGGACUAUUUGGGGGCACCUAUGGGGGCCACUGGGUGGAGAGUCAAGAAGUGAAUAGUCUGGGUGGGGGGCUGGUUUAACCCCUCAGCCACUCGGAUCACCUAAACCUUGACCUUCUCUAUGGAGAGUGUGGGCCUCAGCAAGAUGGCGGGACGCUGGCAACAGGGGAGCCCAGACUGGCCCAUCUGGGAAACCGGACAGAUGGGAGUAGGCAGAAGUAACAGAUGCAGCCACCUGCUGCACCAGACUGUGCCAGGAGGGUGUUUGCAGGAGGGCAUCUCAGCGUGGGUAGAGCCGUGUGGAGUUGUAACUCAGCAUUCAUGGCAGUCUCCUCACUAGGCUGAUGGGCCCAGAAUUUCUGGCAGAGCUGUGGAAGUGUCUACCGACUUCAGGAGCAAACAUACUUUCGUCAAGGAUUAAAGCCAGCUCCUUUGUUCUGGGUUUAUUCCUUUUCUGUACAUUUUCCACACACUAUCUAUGCUAUUUUGUUGUUUCUCCAAACAUUAUAAAUUCUAAGGGCUUGUUGGACUCAAUUUCACAAAGAGCGAGAUGGGGUGACGAGAUGACCAGAAUCUGCUCCAGGGUGUCAGGGGUCACUUGGUGUUUGCCAACUUCCAUCUGUCACUGUGUCUUGAUUCAAGCCCUGAUGUGCUGUGCACGGGGGUGGAGCUCAUCAUUCAUGCCACUCCACGUCUCCAGUGUCUAGUGGGACAGUAGCCCAAGGCAGUCCCUGUGGUCUGAGUCCCUGGUUUGCAUCUCCAGGGACUGUGUGCGUACCUGCAGCAGCCCUGUGGGCGUCCAGGAGCUGCGGACGGGUGUCCCGACUAGACAGCACAGCCUCAGAGAGGUGACAGGGUUUCCCCAACCUCCGCAGGUCACACACCCCCGGAGCAUGUUCAGUGAGGGAAAGAAAACAAGUUUUGUGUCCGUCAGUGGAGAAUGACCGAUUAUAAACACCUCCCACCACUGUACAUUUUAAAUAUUUGGACAAACAAGUGUUCCAAAAAUGAAAAGGAUGCCUAAAUCCUUACCAUAAUUGCUGCUUAUUGAAAACAGAUGAUCUUUUUCCCCCCAUACCUUUGGCUAAAAGUUACCACCCUACCAUGUGGAAUAUGUCUCCUCUAGAUUCAGACAAACAAGGCUCAGGGCUAAGAAUUUCAGAAAACAGGGCGACUGCUGCAUUUUCCUGUCUGGUGUCCCUGGAAUCCUUUCCUCCGAGCAGCUUCCUCCCUUAUCCAUGUGGAGCAGCGAAAAAGUCUGAGCAGGUUUUGAGCACCAGAAGCCUCCUGGUUAUAACACUAGCACUGCAGCUCGUGUUAUAACACCCAUCCUGCUGCAUUCAUGGUGCCCUCUAGUGGAUGGGCGGGGCAGUGGAGCCCGGCGACACUGGCCACAGCCCGAACUCUGGAAGAAAAUGCUCUGCUAAUGGCAAAUGCACCUGGAUAGAAGCACUGGUUUGAGUGAGGCCACUGCCAUGGCAGGAAUGAAUGGCAAGCAGCCCAGAGCCUUGCUACAUUAAGUUCAUUUAGUGGUUAGUCUUCUUCUGAUGGGAAAGUUUUAACCAGAUGUGAUUAGACUUAGAUCAUCAUAGGUUGUCUAGAUUGAAAGGACAAAUAAAUAACUGGAGAAUGAAUGGUAACCCAGCCAGCAGGGGGCAGUGUGGCCGCUUGGGGCUGAUGCAGAAACACUAAGGCUUCAAUUCUGCCAAAGCUGAACAAAAAGGCAUGAAAAGCACAGCGGGUUUGUUUCAGUGCCCAGCUGUCUUUGCAUUAUGUCUACCCAAAGUCCUGUUUCCUACGCUGUCUACCUGUGAUCACUGCUUCCGACAAGCUCAGUGUGUCUGACAGUAAAUACUGAUGUCAACCCUCCAAACCUGUUUUCUGUGCUGUUGUGAACAGGCGGCCGUUGGAUGGGAAGGUCACAGUCUGUUCAGCUGUAGCAUCCCCAGUGUCAGUGUGCCUGUGUAUUAAAAUGUCGUCUGCACACAGUAAGACACUGACCCUUCUUCGUCAGG